GGAAAGAGGACGCCGCGCUGUGCUGUUGAGCAUGAAUGGCGUCGUGCUCGAUCAGAAGGUAUGGCGCUCAGCCUAUCACAAGGAAGGGGAGCAAGACGACUCGAGAGGAAGAGGCGAAGAUCCGCGCAGCUAUUCGAUUCAUUGCGAUUGCGGUGUCAGUCAGACUCGUUUCGACUCGUCGUCCCUGGCCGAGCACAUUCUGCAUUCUUGACGAGUUACUCCCUGUCUCAACCAGUCCUGAUCCCAAAGCCGACCGUCAUCACCGUCUUCUCGGCCUUUCACCGUCGAGGACGACGACGACGACGACGACGGUGUGGUGCUCAACGCUCAGAGCCCGCCAGCCACGCGGAAAAGGCCCAGCUGAUUGACUUUGACUUUGGAUCCCCGCUCUCCGCUCGCGCCCAAGCCAGCCAUCCGUUGGCUGCCUGGCUCUCGCCUGCGUCUCAUCACUCCGCCUAGCCCGCCCGCCUAGCCUGCCCGCCUCUCCCGCUCGCUUGCCCUUCGGCCUGCAUCUUGGUCAUCUCUCUUUUC